AUGCCGGAACAAAGGUCAAAACUCCUUGAAUCUCUCGAGCAAGAUGGCUUCGUUCUCAUCCCCUCUCUUCUGAGUCAAGCAGAGAUUGAUUCUCUCCGUAUCGAAGCGAAAAAAACUGUCGACCUUGCUCGCUCUGGCUCAUGGCCAUACGUUCGAACACUUCCCAAGCAAUUUCCACCUUGGAACGUAGGAGAAGGAGAGUCACCUGCGAAAGAUGGUAUCUGGGGUGUUCAAUCACUCAUGAAUCCCAAACUUGCAACUUCAUCUUCAUUUAUCAAGAUCUACUUCUCGGAUAAGAUGUUGGGUGUAGUGAAAGAGCUUUUGCAAUCGGAGCCUGCAUGGCAUGCGCAAUGGAAUAUGGCAUUGUAUGAUGAUUCUUCAUUGAUUGUGGUUCCCAAGUCUCACAAGAGGGCGAGGACAGCCGCAGAGAGAGAUAUGAGUGAAUAUGAGACAGGAGUACAGGGCGAGAUCAGGGUAGAGAUGAAAGCAGGAGAUGUGGUGUUUUAUGACAACAACAUUUUGCAUAGAGGAGGAAAGUAUGAGAGUGGUAGGAAGGGCAACCACUACACGGGAGUUGGGUUUGGUGAUAUUGAUCUUAGUGUACUCACUGAAGAAGAGAAAAAGAGAGCGGAGGGAAUGAGGAAGAGAUUAUUGGGCAUGGCUGAAGAGAGUGGUGAAAAACUCCCCGUAUUCAUAAAUAUCUACAAGUCGCCAAAUUUCACCAAAACAUCUCUCCAUAUUCAAACACUUGGCAGAGUUCGAAAGAAUCCAACAGAAGUCCACAAAAGUGGUGGAUUGCAUGAGCUUUGCUAUUUCUUCCUUUCCCAGAUUUUCGCUACGGAAAUCAUGGAUCGACAAGCAAGAAUCAAUGAAGCCAAGCAGGAAGUCGACGCCAUGUUCGAAGGCUUAGAUGACAGCGAUGCGGCUGACAUAGUUGAGAUCUGCCAGAAUGCAAUCGAUACUAUCGAGAUGAGACGUGCAAAGAAACUCAGAGUCUUUGAUGAAUUCUACAAGCCCCUGUCUGUCAGCGAUACCGAUGAAAACAGCUCUGUUGAAACCACACAAAAAAUCACCCACAAAUCAGGCAAGAAAAAACACAAGAAUGAGUUGAACUUUCAAGUAAUGAUUGCUGAACGAAAGGAACAUCUCGAAGACUUGAAGAACGAAAAGCAGAUCUAG